AUCAGACAGCCGAUCAGAGCGCAUCUGGUGUCCCUACUCUUGACUACACCACAGCGCAUCUUUUCAAGCAUGGCGAGCGCUUGGUACUGUAUUUUCCUGGUCGUCGCUGUUGUUCAACUAGCAGACGCGUCGCAUUUUCGUGGCGCUACUAUCAAUUGGAAGUCUAUUGCCACUCCAGCAGAACCGGGAAAGGUGAGCAUCACUUUCAACAUUGCCUGGCGUCGAUCGAGUAGUACUGGAAAGUCAAAUGGCGUGGAAUGCAACGAUAAUCUCAUUGCUACUAAGGCGCUGCAUGGUUCGGCCACUGGGUGGCGUUGCCUUAGCGACAAUUGUGGAGACCAACUCAUACCAGACAUGCAAUACGAGUGUACUGCAUUCAGUGCGGCAGAUGACUGGUCCUUUGGAACAAGAACCAUUGAACAUACCUUUCCAAUUAAUUUGGGACCAAAGUUCUUCUUUGGCAUUGAUCCUGCUGGAACUGAUCGGUGCUGUUGGUUGGCUACUCUUCAAAAUGUACCCGGUUUAUCUGACCUUACACAACGAGUGUACACUGAAAUUAACCUAGGAGGUCGCCCUGAUGACCCAACACGUAUCAACACUAGCCCAAUCACCCAAAUGAUUCCUGUUCUUCCUGCAAGAGGUGGAUGUGAGCAUCGCGUCGUUAUUCCUAACCGUGACGAAGACUCCGACGCUGUCAGAUGUCGUUGGGCCAAUGGUAAACAAACUUUACCUGAUGAUGGAAACGAUGACGAUGGUUUUGAUGAAUGUGGUGGUGUUUGUCACGAUCUUGACAGACCGCCAUUCAAUGCACAGCUAGAUGAGACAAAUUGUGAGAUAGUAUGGACGCCACCCAAUGAAGGACUCUAUGCAGUUGCUGUUGUUCUUGAAGAUCACAUUGAUGUGGGAGGCACAACGACAUAUCUGAGUGAAGUUCCGCUGCAGUUUUUAAUUAAAGUUGUCGAAGCUAAACUGCCUUGUAACGAGAAGCCCGAGUUUGUUGAUACACUCCUUCAACCUCACUGCUUUGCUAUAUCUGAGGGUGACACGUUUACUUACACUGUUACAACUAGACACGUAAAUCCAAACAACAACGUUGACUUCCUUGUUACAGCCAAGCCACAAGGCAUGAUUGAGUCCACAUUUGAUGAUAUUGGUGGAGGAUUGAAACGGGCAACUUUCACUUGGACACCUACAUCAGACCAGUAUGGAAAGCCUUUCUUUCUCUGCUUCCUUGCAAUUGAUGAUCAAGAGGGUGCAAGCGAUCAACACUGUAUCUCCUUGCUUCCAGGAUUUGAUCCUCCAGAGGUGCUACUUGCAACUCGAUCACCAAAUGGUGGAGUGUUUUCGCCAGGUUCAGGAACUGCGAGUAUAUCUUUCUCUAAACAAGUUCGCAGACCCACCACUCCUCGUUAUAUAACGAUUCAUAAGACAAGUGAUGAUAGUGUCGUAGAGAUGAUCGAUACUUCAACUUCUACAGCUGUUUCUAUCAGUUCUGUGGGUAACACGCACACAGCAAGCUUUUCAUUGAGGGCGAAUUAUGUUGGGAAUCAAGAUCAUUACAUAAUUGUAGAACAGGGAGCUUUUGUGGGUGUUGACAAUAACUGUCCUGGUGGUGGACCAGUUACAAGCAACGGUGUACUGAACAAGGGUGACUGGACCUUCACAACACCACCCUGCGUCAACGAUGGUGAUUGCCAUUCUAAUGCUCGAUGCAUUGGGGCUGCCUGUGUAUGCAAUCUAGGAUUCACUGGAAAUGGAUUAACUACGUGCAACGACAUCGAUGAAUGUACUGUACCUAGUCAUAACUGUCAUGCUAUGGCUCUGUGUGAUAACACCAUUGGAAGCUUUACUUGUACUUGUAGGCCUGGAUAUACUGGAAAUGGUCAGGUUUGUGUCAAUGUAAAUGAAUGUCUUUUGAAUACUCAUGACUGCAGUGACAAUGCUGAUUGCACCGACACAAUCGGAUCUUUUACUUGUACUUGUAGGAUUGGAUUUAGGGGAACCGGCCAAGAGUGUAAUGACAUUAACGAGUGUGUAGAAAAUUCUCAUAAUUGUGAUGGCAAUGCUGAUUGUGUUAACACAGAGGGAUCUUUCACUUGUGGUUGUGACACUGGAUUUAGCGGAACUGGCGUUGAAUGUGUGAAUAUUAAUGAGUGUUCGAAAGGAAUACAUGACUGUCAUGCAAAUGCUGACUGUUCUGACACUGAUGGAUCUUUUACUUGUACUUGUAAACCUGGAUUCAGGGGAACUGGUCGAGAAUGUGUUAACAUCGACGAGUGUGCAGAGGGAACUCACAAUUGUCAUGCACAAGCUAGAUGUGAUGACACUCAGGGAUCUUUUUUUUGUACUUGCAACAGUGGCUACAGAAGAAAUGGCAUAGACUGUGAUGAAAUCGACGAGUGCUCUGAAAACACUGACAAUUGUCAUGCUAAUAAUGCAUUCUGUACUAAUACACCUGGAUCAUUUAUAUGCACAUGCAAUUCUGGAUAUGCUGGAAACGGUAUACUUUGUAUAAACAUUGAUGAAUGCGCCAAUCCAAGUCUAAAUAAUUGCCAUAGCACUGCUCGAUGUUUGGAUUUGGAUGGUUCUUUUCAAUGUAUCUGUCCCCCGGGAUUUACUGGAGAUCCAAUCAAUGGACCAUGUGUGGGAUGUACAGCUAACGAUCAAUGUCACACCAACGGUAUUUGUCAAGUUGUUACUGGUAGCAUACGAGACUGUGUUUGUAGAAUUGGCUUCACCGGUGAUGGCAAGAAUGUUUGCGAUGACAUAAAUGAGUGUGUUGAUCCCAACGCAAAUAACUGUCACAAAUAUGCUAAUUGUAUAAACUCCGGGGGAUCAUUUCGAUGCGAAUGUAUGGCAAAUUUCAGUGGUGAUGGAGUUAAUUCAUGUGUUGAUGUGAGUGACUGUACCAAGAACUGGCCUGUGCAGAGAGACCGCUGGAUGAAUGAUGAAGGUGACUGGAGGGACACAACUAAGAACUGUGAAAGCCUCGGAAAUAAUCUGCCCAAUCCUGUUGUAAAUACGAAUGACCCUCCUAUCAAGCAGUGGGAAGAUAUCGUCAGUACAUAUAUCAAUGAAGUGAAUGCAUGGCUAAAGGAUGCUUCAAGCUUGAAUCUUGACGGCAUUCCUCCAUCUGUCACUUUCAACCAGACUGAUCCAGAAGAACUUUGGAACGCACUGAAGGAAUUUAUGUAUCGUAUGAUUGACCUGUGGUAUGAACAAAUUGGCAAACCCAAUGGUCUGCCUAAGCCUCUGCCACUUGGUCGGUGUGACGACAUGCAAGUGCAGGAUUGGUUUCGAAAUAGGGCUGCCAGCAAACAAGCCGAAGCAGAUUUCAAAUCUACUUUUGGAGAUCGAUGUGAUGCUCGCUAAAAUCAUAGGCAUUGCAACCCCGGACUUGUCUGUUAUCUGCUGUAAUUUGUUUUAAAUGGUGUGUCCGGGACUGAAUGAUUUUGAAUGUUUUUUAGCUAGACUUGUCUUAUUAUGAUUGUGUCAAGAGUGACGAAAAUAAUUGGUUGUCUUCUUUUACUUGCUAUAUGAACUCCUAAGUCUCGAGUGGUUUCAUGUAAUUGCUAUUGUCAGUUGGUUGUCAUAUCUAAACCUACCUAGUAUAAUCAAUAUUAAGUUACAAAAGCCA